AUGGAGGACGUCCAUGACACCUCCUCUAUCUAUAUAUCCCUUCCAAAUCAAGUAUUCGAUAUUGCAUUCCACCCGCGAGAAGACAUUCUCUACGCUGGCCUGCUCACCGGCGAGAUCAAGGCGUUCCGGUACCGGGAUGAAGGGACUUACGAGGAAGCAUGGGGUAUUAGACCUACAAAGAGGUCGUGUAGAGGCUUGGCGACGGCUGAGGGGGGUGCGAGGCUGUAUGGUGUUACGAAGGAUAAGAGUAUUGAAGUCAUAGACACCACAACUGGCAAGGUCUUGAUAUCCAAACCAGGUGCUCAUGAAAACUCGAUCAAUCGCGUGCUUGGCACACUCCCACAUCAACUAGCAACUGGGGAUGACGAAGGUGUCCUCCGGUUGUGGGACACGCGGACCCUCUCCCCAACCUCCGCGUCAACACACACCUAUACCCACCAUACGGACUUCAUCUCCGACCUUUUAUGGCUAGAGGACAAGAAGCACCUUGUAUGCACGAGCGGAGAUGGGACGCUAAGUGUGCUCGAUGUACGGAACAAGAAGGCGGUGCCUUGGGCGCAGAGCGAAGACCAGGAGGAUGAGCUUUUAAGCGUGGUACCCAUCAAAGGUGGCAGCAAGCUCGUCGUUGGCACCCAGCUUGGCAUACUGCACAUCUUCGACCGUUCGAAAGGCUAUUCUGACUUGGUCGACCGCCUCCCUGGGCACCCCUCCUCCGUCGAUGCGCUUCUCCCUAUCACGGACGACGUGAUAGCCACCGGAUCAUCCGAUGGGAUGGUCCGGUUCGUACAGGUACAUCCAAACAAGCUUUUGGGUGUGGUGGUGGAUCACGGGGAGUUUCCGGUUGAGAGACUAGGCCUGGAUAGAGCGGGGAAGUGGCUGGGCAGUGUCGGCCAUGAGGAGGGAGUGAGGUUGACGGAUGUGCAGGGGGCGCUUGAGGAGAGUGAUGAGGAGGAGGGAGAGGAGGAUAAGGACAAUGAGAGGGAAGAAGAAGACGAAGAUGAGGAUGAAGGAGAGAAGAUGGAAAAGAGGGCACAGAUGGAGGAAGACGAAGAAGAUGGUACGGAGAUGGAAGCUGACGCGCCCACUCCUUCCGAAAUACAAGAUUCAGACGAGGAAAUGAACCCUGCCCCUGCGCACCCCCAUCCAUCUGUAUCAGCUUCAAUUGGACGAGCGUUGGAAGCAGACUCCGAGGAAGAGAGCCACCCAAGGAAGAAGCGGAAGAAGAAGUCGACGUCUGGGGAGAGGGAUAGGAGCGAGAGGAAGGAGUUCUUUUCGGGACUGUAG